CCUUACCAGCACCUCCAUUUCCGACUUUUUCCCAAAACUUCAAGAGAGAGAUAGAGAACGGAUCGCAGUCACUCAGAAAGAAAGAGAGAAAAAGCCAUUGAAGACCAGAAAGAAAGCCGUAGCAAUGAAAUAUUCUCACAAGAAUUUUUCCGGCACAAGAAUCCCUGAAACUCCAGAAAGUGUUGAUGAGAAUGGUAAAAGCUAUCAAGAAAUGGGUCUCAAUUUGCGGAGUCCAAAUAAACCAGCAACAAAGAACUUCAUGUCGCCGACAAUUUCUGCAACUUCAAAGGCCAAUCCUCCAAGAAAGAAAGUCUUAGCUGAACGAAACCAAAUUACUGACUUUUCUCUACAGAAGAACCCCCCAACAUUGAUUCAAAAUCCACCAAAAAGACUUCAGAAUUUGAUUCAAGAGCUGCUUCGGUGAUUUCAAGUCUAGGUACUACUGAAACUUGAAACAAUGAUUCUGAUUUGAGGCCUUAUGACCCAUUAAAGAAUUAUCUCUCUCCAAGGCCUGAUUUUCUCCUGUAUAAGCCUAAUAGGCUCCAAAAGAUAUUGCUUCGCAUGGAAAACACGGAUGAAGUAAGCAGCGAUGAUUCAAGUCUUGGUAGAACUGUGUCUCCUGAAGCCAAGAAAAUGUGAGAUGAGGAAACUGAUCCUUUACAUGCUUCUAAAGAAGGCUCUCUGAAGAAAGAAAACGAAGAACUUGAAUUCAGUGACAAGGAAUUAGAUAAGGAAGAAGAAGAUGAAGUAAGCAGCGAUGAUUCAAGUCUUGGUAGAACUGUGUCUCCUGAAGCCAUAAAAGUGAGUGAUGAGGAAACUGAUUCUUUACAUGCUUCUCAAGAAGGCUCUCUGAAGAAAGAAAAUGAAGAACUUGAAUUCAGUGACGAGGAAUUAGAUGAGGAAGAAGAAGAAGUGAACGAAGGCAAGACGGGUUUGUUGAAGAUUUUGCUCUUACUGAUUGUUCUGGUGUUCCCUACGUCAUACAUUUACUCUAUGAAUUCUCCCACUCCUUCACCUACCACACAAGCCAUACAGGAUUGGCAAUUCAGGUUACAUGACCAUGUCUAUGGUUUGGUGAAGAGUUUUGAGGGUGAAGGAGGUAUAUUCGAUUCACAAAGGGAUCUGAUUGUAAUAAACCAUACAGUUAUUGGAUAUAGUAUUGUUACAGAAGAGUUGGUACAAGAUGUUAUAAGGGGACUAGGUGAUAGUGAUGAGCGGAUUGAGGUGGAAGAGGUCCAAGCUGGAAAAUUUGAGGUUAUCAAGGUUGUCAAAGAUGAACUCAUAGAGGAACAAGCCAGAGUGGUAUGUGAAGAUGCUUGUGAUUUCCAAAUGGAUACAAUAGAGAUUCCUAAUGUGAAAAGUGAGAAUGUUGAGGUUGAGGGUGGACAAAUUGAAGAAGACAUAUUGGAGUUGUUGAGGUUUAUGAUCAUCAGAUUGAGGGAUCUGAUUCUUCAAUUGAUCAGCAGCUUGAUAUUAAAGAUGAAAACAUUGAAGAAGGUUUUGCUCAACUGAUUGAGGAACAAGCCGGAGAAAGUGAAGAUGCUAGUGAUCUCAAAAUGAAUACAGGAGAGAUUUCUUAUAAGAAAAUUGAGAAUGUUGAGCUGGAGAGUAGACUUAGUAGAAGAAAACUUUGGAUUUGUUGAAGUUUAUGGUUACCAGGUUGAGUUACCUGAUUUUUCAAAUGUUACUGAGAGAAAAGAAUAUGGCUUUUUAAUGGAUCCAGUGAAAGAAGUUGAGCAUGAAGAAUUAAACCAGGAAGCCAUUGAAGUGCAAAGCUUUGAGAUUUUGAAUCAUGGAGUGGAGGAGAUUUUAGAGGAAGAAGAAGCUGUGGAAGACAUGGAAACUGAAUCAAUUUCUAGAGGUGUUAUACGUGUUGCUUUAUUUUCUGUGGUUUCUGCAUCGUUGACAUUAAGUUUUUGCUUUAUUUUGGAAUGAUUGGAUUAUUAUUACAAUAACAUUGAUUGAUACUGCAAUUAGUACUGCAGAUUAUACCAAUCACAAUCCCCAUUAAUCCUAACAUUU